UUCCACCCGGACCAAAUUCAUAGUUACUCUGUAGAUGGAUUUACCCGAAUAAGUGAGCUGAAAAAAAGAACUGUCUUUAAACAGCAACAAUAAUAAAAUAUUUUCCAGACCUUUCACCGGAUAUAAAUAUUUGGUGCGGGUUUUUUUUAUAUUUGUUGUUUUUAUUUUGUCUCAUUUGCGCCUUUUCGUGUCGAAAGAGAAGAAAUUCGCGUUGAAUUUCAGAAAAGACAGAUAAAUAAAACAGAAGGGAGGAUGUUUGUGAGUUCGUGGUGGAGACGUGCACUCUGACAGCAGGGCACUAAAGGAAAUGGAAGUGCUCUUGGUUGGAGAAGGAAACUUCUCGUUCUCGGUGGCUGUGUGUGAAUCUGGUGAUGUUCACAGCAUCAUCGCCUCCUGCUUACAAACCGAGCAGCAAGCUGUGGCCCAGGAACACGCAGCCCACAACAUCCAGCACCUCCGAGACCGAGGCUGUACAGUGCUUUUCGAGGUCGACUGCACCAGCCUGCACGAGCACGAGGUCAUCCGGCGGCGUGCCUACGACCGUAUCAUUUUCAACUUUCCUCACUGCGGGCGGAAAAGCGGCGUCAAGAAGAACCGCGCUCUCCUGACCAAAUUCUUCCUGAGCUGCGCUGAAGUGCUCAAGGCCGACGGAGAAGUGCACGUGGCUUUAUGCAACGGCCAAGGAGGCACACCAUGUGACAGCCCGAUGAGAGAAUGGCACAACAGUUGGCAAGCGGUCGCCAUGGCAGCCGAGGCCGGCCUGGUUCUCAGCGAGAUCCGUCCUUUCGAUCGAGACCGAUAUCAAGGUUACAAAAGCACGGGUUACAGGAGUCAGGAUAAAGGUUUUCACGUGGAAGGCGGACUGAAUCACGUUUUCACCCGAAGCCUGCCAUACACCAUGCCUGAGAAACUCAAAAUGCAGGCCACGAUCGGGAAGGAGACGGUCAGCUUCGAGCUUCCUCAGGAGUUAAGCGAAUAUGUGAACAGGGAUUUUCUUGGUCGACAGUCACGCCAUCCUGUGAAACUUGUCCAGGAGCAGUUGCUCAGAGAGAUCAAAUCCUCAUGGCCCAUGUGUUCAGUGAGCGGCAACUUUCCCGAGUUGCUCAGCUACUCCCAAGACAAACUUCAGGCUUGCGGCUCAAACCUGAGCCCCUCUGAAAUCUACAGGAUCAAGCCCAUUGAGACCCAUCCCCUUGACCAAGGUGGAGCAAACGAGAAGGAUCGCGAGACAGUGGAGGAGCAUCAGUUCUCCAGCAUUAGUUAUAUGCUGCGUCCAUCUAUGUUAAUGCAUGCAGAGGAAAUUGUUCAACGUGAGGAUUUUAGCCCUGGAACCAUUUAUACACUGAGUGGGUUGGUUUUUCAAAGAGUUCCAAUCUGUCCAACCCGCUCCCCUGCUUUCCACCAGCUUCUCCUCGUCGCUGUUUUACCAACCGAAUCCCAGCCUGUCCAGAGCCUGCAGAAUUAUCUGGAAGCUCUGCUUUCUCAUUACGAAGUUUCCUUCGAGAAGAAGGAGCUAGCUGAGGAGUGUCGAGUGUUGCUCAGGUCUCGGGAACGCCACAAUUUUGGCCAAAUAACUUGCGCCCCCGUCCAUCAACCAAAACUCCCGCUUGGUCAAAGCUCCAUUUUGACUUUGCUGCUAAAUCUGGACCAUCUAGCAACCCUGGUCUUCUCGAUUCCUGACUGGCGCCUGCAGUGGACGCCGGACCCGCGUUUCCUGGCAAGGUUUGAACCCGGUAUCCAGGUGCCCGCCCUGUUUCGGCCGUUCUCGCUUUACCCCCCGAGUUACACCCAUGACGUGAGCUUCUGGAUGGAGCCGGACGAAUUCGACGAACUCGAAUUUCACGGGGCAGUCCGCAUCGCCACAUGCGGCGCGGUAAAAGACAUAAAGCUGGUAGACAGGUUCCGCCACCCUCACAUGGGACACGCCAGUCUGUGCUACCGGUUGGCGUACCAGUCGCCAGAUCGUGCCCUGUCCCGCACCCAAGUCCUGGUCUUGCAAAACCAGCUGCGCACACUGCUGCCUUUACGCUUGAACAUCACCCUCCGGUAAAAACUCAAGGAAAACAAGGACAUCACACAAAUACUUCAGUCUGAAGUCAACACGAGGGGAGUCAUACCAAUACCACUUACAUCCCAGGGGUCAUCACCCUUUCUGUUAUUUUUAUUCCAGAGAUCAUGUACGGGUAAUCUAACUCAAAUAAGAUACACUUAAUGAAAUACUUAAUACCAGCCUCCAUGAUGUUUGUUAUUUAGUUACCACCCGAAUACUAAAUAACCAGAUGACGCACACCUUCAUAGGUACACGUGUUCUGUUACACAAAAGGUUGUACAUAACAAUGGAAGUUUUCACAGUCAAAUCCACACCCAGGAUUAAAAAAUAGACUCCUUUGAUGUAAUACGGUUUCACAAAACAACUCCAAGCCGGUAAUAUUCUGCACUUGACUUAAUGAUGCAAACAUGGAAAUCUUCCCGGUCGAACCUGUAAUUUAUUUAUAUUUUGUGCUGGUUCUUAGAAGAUCUUGAUGAGGAUGCUGCAUGAUCUUGUGACUUUUUAUUGAUCACUAUCAAUGGAACAAAACAUGACAAGAGGACGUGGGAAUGAAACGGUCAGGCAGUUAAGCAGAAAGUCUCAUCAUCCAAAAAAUGAUUGUGGUUUUUUCUUUGUUUUAUUUCUCUCUCAGCAUGCUCCUCAACAUGUUCUCUCUCAUAUGACGCAGUUUUAAUUAUCCUACCAAUCCAAGUUUUCAGAUCAGGGGGUUUUGGGGCAUUUCCGACUAUGGCAGCUGUGAUACAACCAAUCUUGAUAAGGCUACAUUCAUUUUUUCUUUGCUAUAUGGGUACCUUUGAUUUCUCUCCAAGAAGACAUGAUUGGGGGGAUUGGAUUUUAUUUAUGAUUGUUUGUAAUAAACAUGCUGCUGAAUACAA